CAAAAAGUCUCCACCAAACACCAAAGCAAACAUGCACGCCUUCAAGCUCUGCGCCGUCUUCUCUAUGAUGGCUGCUACUGCUUUCGCUCAUAAAUGCAAACCCAACCCACCCGCCAGUGGUUACUGCUACUACAGUCCAACCGACAUGCGAGCCUGCCACCACUAUCACGAGUGCAAGACCCCGAACGGCGCUUGCGGCUACAACAACAAGGGUGAGAUGGUGUGUUCUUGAGGAGGCGGGAGCGGUCUGGGAAGAAGGAGAGGGAGAAGGGUGGAGGGAUGGAGGAAAAAUUGGAGGCAUGGAGGAAGGAGUGGAGGAAAUGGAAGGAGUGGAGGAGUGGACACUGUUCCGAGGCUGGGAGGCGGACAAAAGCAACGGAUUGAUACUUUCCCAACUGUAGUAUCUCCUCCGAAUCCCACCUCAUUCCUGUCG